GCGCUUGAUUCGGUUUACUUCACCGGCUUUGCAGAGACCAACAAGACCUUUGUGAUUGCUCGUCUUGCCAAACGUCCUAAUGGGAUCUGUGAGAUGUGGCUCUUCCUGAGGGUGGAUGGAAUAGGAGAGUUUGAACACCCACAACAUCCAAACAUGAUGGUGAGUGAUGAAUCUGAAGAGAUUUGGAGUGGAGGAGGGCUCACUAUUGAAUACUUAGAGCCCCAAACACGCUGGAAAAUAAGCUUCGAUGGAUUACUCAGAAAAGGACCCUACCGACAGCAGUGGAGUGAAGAGGAGGGCGAACUUGUACCAGUUAAAUUCUCUUUCCAUUGGGAGAACUUCACAGAAGUCUUUAACUUUAGUAUCGACAGUCACCCCAGAACAUUUGCACGUGCUUUUGCCCAGGAACCGUGGACCAUCGAGUUCUUCCAGAGGGUCAAAAAACAAAGGGAACAACAUUUCCGACAUGAGCAGUGGGGCCAGUCCGUUGGAGAAAUUGAAAUAGAAAAUAAUGAGAAAACGGAACUUUCCCUCAAAGGCGUUCGGAGCCACUCUUACGGUAUCAGGAACUGGUCUGAGAUUUACCGGUAUGUCAUGAUUUUGGCACGCUUUGAGGAUGGGACUGCGGCACAUUUAACAGUUAUUAAUAUGCCAGCUACCACAACUAACCUCACUGUAGGUUAUGUCUUUCUCCCCGAUGGGAGGAAGGCUGGCAUUGAGUGGUCCAAUGCCUCGCUGGCUGGGAUGGCUGAUGAUGGUGUUAUCGAGGAUGAAUACGGAGUCAGUUUUACUGCCGGUGGCAAGUACUUUGAUGUUUCUGCAACGCUGGAUAAGCAGGCUUGCCCCGUGGUGUAUAACGGCCUGACUGGAAGCGGCGUUUUCCAUGAGUGCAUUGCAGAUUUCCGACUGAACGGGUUAACGCAAGGCUGGGGCUUGGUUGAAUUUUAUUACAG